AUGGCUUUCAACGACCUUAUCCGCGACUUGGCUAUCGGCGACAACGUCUACAAAUAUUUCGAUUUGAAUGGACUUAACGACGCUCGUUACAAUGAGCUCCCAAUCUCUAUCAAGUACUUGUUGGAAGCCGCUGUCCGCCAUUGCGAUGAGUUCCAUGUGUUGAAGAAGGACGUUGAAACCAUUCUUGACUGGAAAAACAGCCAACGCAACCAAGCGGAGAUUCCAUUCAAACCAGCCCGUGUCAUCCUUCAAGAUUUCACUGGAGUCCCAGCCGUCGUUGACUUGGCCGCUAUGCGUGAUGCCGUUCAAAACAUGGGUGCCGACCCAGCCAAGAUCAAUCCAGUGUGUCCAGUUGACCUUGUCAUCGAUCACUCUGUCCAGGUCGACCACUACGGAAACCUUGACGCCCUUGCAAAGAAUCAGUCGAUCGAAUUCGAGAGAAACAGAGAACGCUUCAACUUCUUGAAGUGGGGAUCCAAGGCUUUCGACAACCUUCUCAUUGUUCCACCAGGAUCCGGAAUCGUCCAUCAAGUCAAUCUUGAGUACCUCGCCAGAACCGUUUUCGUUGGAAAGGAUGGAGUUCUCUAUCCCGACUCUGUUGUUGGAACCGACUCUCACACCACCAUGAUCGAUGGAAGUGGAGUUCUUGGAUGGGGAGUCGGAGGAAUUGAAGCCGAAGCUGUCAUGCUCGGACAACCAAUCUCCAUGGUCAUCCCAGAGGUUAUCGGAUACGAAUUGGUUGGAACUCUCAAUGACACUGUCACCAGUACUGACUUGGUUCUCACCAUCACCAAGAAUCUCCGUGACUUGGGAGUCGUCGGAAAGUUCGUUGAAUUCUACGGAACUGGAUGUGCUUCCCUCUCCAUUGCCGAUCGUGCCACCAUUGCCAACAUGUGUCCAGAAUAUGGAGCCACUAUUGGAUUCUUCCCAGUAGACAAACGUACCAUCGACUACCUCACCCAAACUGGACGUGAUGUUGAGUACACCCAACGUGUUGAGAACUACCUCAAGGCUGUUGGUAUGUUCGUCGACUUCACCAACGAUUCCUACCGUCCAACCUACACGACCACACUCAAGUUGGACCUUGGAAAUGUUGUUCCAAGUGUGUCGGGACCAAAACGCCCACAUGACAGAGUUGAACUCUCUUCCCUUGCUCAAGACUUCACAAAAGGUCUCACCGACAAGAUUUCAUUCAAAUCUUUUGGUUUGAAGCCAGAAGAUGCGACCAAGACUGUCACCGUGACCAACAAUGGAAGAACCGCUGAACUUGGACACGGAUCUGUCGUAAUUGCUGCCAUCACUUCCUGCACCAACACCAGUAACCCAAGUGUCAUGCUUGCUGCUGGACUUGUUGCCAAGAAGGCUGUUGAGCUUGGAUUGAAUGUUCAGCCAUACGUCAAGACUUCAUUGUCCCCAGGAUCUGGAGUCGUAACUAAGUAUUUGGAAGCUUCUGGACUUCUUCCAUACCUUGAGAAGAUCGGAUUCAACAUUGCUGGUUACGGAUGCAUGACUUGCAUUGGAAACUCCGGACCACUUGAUGAUCCAGUCACCAAGGCCAUCGAGGAGAACAACCUUGUCGUCGCAGGAGUACUUUCUGGAAACAGAAACUUUGAAGGACGUAUCCACCCACAUGUCCGUGCCAACUACCUCGCAUCCCCACCAUUGGCCGUUCUCUACUCCAUUAUUGGAAACGUGAACGUUGAUAUCAACGGAGUUCUUGCCGUAACUCCAGAUGGCAAGGAAAUCCGUCUUGCUGACAUCUGGCCAACUAGAUCCGAAGUCGCUAAAUUCGAAGAGGAAUUUGUGAAACCACAAUUCUUCCGUGAAGUCUAUGCUAACAUUGAGCUUGGAUCCACCGAGUGGCAACAAUUGGAAUGCCCAGCUGUCAAGCUCUACCCAUGGGAUGAUAACUCCACUUACAUCAAGAAGGUUCCAUUCUUUGAUGGAAUGACCACUGAGCUUCCAACCCAAUCCGACAUUGUCAACGCUCAUGUUCUCUUAAACUUAGGAGACUCUGUCACCACUGACCACAUCUCUCCUGCCGGAUCCAUCUCGAAAACCUCCCCAGCUGCCCGCUUCCUUGCAAGUCGUGGAGUUACUCAGAGAGAUUUCAACACUUAUGGAGCUCGUCGUGGAAAUGAUGAGAUUAUGGCUCGUGGAACCUUCGCUAACAUUCGUUUGGUGAACAAACUCGCCUCGAAGGUUGGACCAAUCACCCGUCAUAUCCCAUCUGGAGAGGAACUCGAUAUCUUCGAUGCCGCCCAAAAGUACAAGGAUGCUGGAAUUCCAGCUAUCAUUCUUGCAGGAAAAGAAUACGGAUGUGGAUCAUCUCGCGAUUGGGCUGCCAAGGGACCAUUCCUUCAAGGAGUCAAGGCUGUCAUUGCUGAGAGCUUCGAGAGAAUUCAUCGUUCCAAUCUUAUUGGAAUGGGUAUCAUUCCAUUCCAAUUCCAAGCUGGACAAAACGCCGAUAGUUUGGGACUCACUGGAGAGGAGCAAUUCAGCAUUGCUGUUCCGGAUGAUUUGAAGCCAGGACAACUUAUCGAUGUCCACGUGUCCAAUGGAUCCACUUUCCAAGUAAUCUGCAGAUUCGACACCGAAGUUGAACUCACCUAUUACCGCAACGGAGGAAUUCUUCAGUACAUGAUCAGAAAAUUGAUCCAGUAA